GAUGGUGUUAAUUGCUGAUUGCCAGCACCUGAGAACCAAUUAGUCACCCGGUAUAAAAACCCUUCACAGCUUAUGUUGGUCACCUCAGCAGCUCUUCAUCCUCACUGUGUCCGCUGCAGCAGCUGACUUUGGAAAUGGCUUUGGCAGAUAAGAAGGCGCUGAUUGUGUAUGCCCACCAGAGCCCCGGCUCUUUCAACGCUGCUGCCAAAGACAUUGCUGUGGAUGUUCUCACCGCUACGGGCUGCACGGUGACCGUGUCCGACCUCUAUGCUAUGAAGUUUAAAGCCACCGCUACAGCUGAGGACAUCAUUACUGAGGGUCAAGUCAAGCAGGCUGAGCACUUCCAUUAUGCCAAGGAGACCAAAGCGGCGUGGGAGGAAGGAAAACUCUCUGCUGACAUCACCGAGGAGCAACGGAAACUCUCAGAAGCCGAUCUCAUCAUCUUCCAGUUCCCCAUGUACUGGUUCAGUCUGCCCGCCAUCCUGAAGGGCUGGAUCGACCGGGUGCUCGUGCCUGGCUAUGCGCACUCCAAAGAGAAGCGGUACAGUCGGGGCAUCUUCAAGGACAAGAGAGCUGUGCUGUCUUUCACUACUGGCUCUCAGGAGUCCAUGUUCAGUGCUAAUGGCAUCAAUGGUGACAUGAAUGUAACACUCUGGCCAAUUCAGAAUGGCAUGCUGCACUACUGUGGCUUCCAAGUUCUGGCACCUCAAAUCUUCUGGGCUCCAUCCCACAUGCCCCAGGAGGCCCGCGCUGCCAUGCUCCAGGCCUGGCGCAGCCGCCUUAACGGUCUCUUGGAAGAGGCCCCGCUGUGUUUCACACCCAUGGACUGCUUUGACGGAGAGGGCUUCCAGCUGAAGCCAGAGGUCCAGGAGAAGCACGCCGGCAAGAAGUUUGGGCUCACUGUGGGCACCCACAUGGGACUGGCUGUACCACCUGACAACCAGAUGAAGGCUGGCGUCUAAAGUUUAUCAACUUGAUUAAUAAAAAGCCUCAACCAGACUUGACUUUCUAUUUCAUAAAUUGAAUAUAUUGGAGUCUAAUCUGUGUGGGCAUAAUGGAAUCUUGGCCUGGUGCAAUAAAAGAUGUUAUUGAUUUAG